AUGGAUGUUGAGACGGGCAAGGUUGAAUGCAUUCGCUGCUCGGACAAGGACUAUGAUUCGAUCAACAUCCUGUCGCACGAGAAUCACGCUCUCUACAUCACGAACGUUGAGAAUACUAUCUUCACAAACGAACACAUUCCUGUGUCUGUUUCCGUGGCCGACAGCUUGACUGAGGAGGUGCGAUGCUUUGUCAGCGAUGACCCGAAGGAGUUGCUCAAGGAUAUGUUCCAGUACAUCAAGGAAGUUGCGGCUAAGAUUCAGCAGUACAACGUCUCGAAGUACGAGUCUUUGCUCCGCAAAAUCAUCAACGUCCAUGGUUUGACUGACGCUGAGGUUCCUGGUCUAGACUUGGGUAAGACGUACAAGAUGGAUGAUGUCCAUGCUUGGAUUCAGAACGGGGAGUUUGCUUGUUUCUUCGAUUUCCACAGCAAGCUCACGUUCGGUAAGAAGCGCUCGGAUUAUGGCAAGCUGAAGCAGUGCAUUGGUCAGGUACCAGUAUUCGGAUUCAACUCUGGACGCUACGACAUCGACCUCAUCAAGGCGGACCUGUUUGCAGUCAUCGGUACUGACAACAUCACAUCAGUCAUCAAGAAUCCUAGCUACAUGUGCAUCGCCACGUCAGACAUGAAAAUGCUUGACAUUAGCAACUAUGUUCCGGCAGGCACCAGCUAUGCAAAGUACUUGUCGACAUAUCUCGGUGAGUGCAAGUGUAAUGACAAGAUUCGAUGCGUCUGUGGCCUAGGAAAAGGCAUCUUCCCGUACGAGUACAUUACUUCAUUUGACGUACUCAGUCAGACGGAAGUCCCUCCUAAGUCGGCGUUCGACAGUGCUCUUCGUAGCACUAGCAUCAGCGAUGAGGACUGUGUGCGGGUACAGUUCGUCUGGGAACACUAUGGCAUGAAGUCAAUCAAGGAUCUACUCAUUUGGUACAACAACCUCGAUGUAGUACCCUUCAUCAAGGCCAUCAAAGCCCAGCGAGAACUAUUCAAACGUUUCGAACUUGAUAUGUUCACUGAUGGUGUGUCGCUACCUGGUCUCUCUGAGAAAGCCAUGUAUCAGACGUGCUUCAACAACCUCCAGCAACCCAGUAAGGAGCCUGCUGAAGCGUUUGACUUUCCCGCUAGUCGCUUAAGUGGAUAUAAGACCCAGGAUGCUGAUGCCGAUCGUGAAUGCAAUAUGACGCUAGAACACCUCAACGACUUGCUAG